AUGCACGGAGGUGCUCCCGAAUGGGCUCAACCAAACUAUGGGGCUCCCAUGUCUCAGGAACAGGCCCAACAGAUACAACAGCCUGGCUAUGCCCCUCACCAGCAAACUCGUGGUGCUUCGAAGCAAAAGUCGCGACGCAAAUAUGAAUGUACUCUUCCCGACUGUCGCAAGAAUUUUACCCAGAAGACCCAUUUGGACAUUCACAUGCGAGCUCAUACCGGUGAUAAACCAUUCACUCAUGAACGGCGACACACAGGAGAGAAGCCUUAUUCCUGUGAUAUCUGUCACAAGCGUUUUGCUCAGCGAGGGAAUGUUCGCGCCCACAAGAUUACCCAUGACCAAGCAAAGCCGUUUACUUGCAGGCUCGAUGACUGUGGAAAGCAAUUCACUCAACUGGGAAACCUCAAGUCUCACCAGAACAAGUUCCAUGCGCAGACUCUGCGGAACCUCACCGUGCGCUUUGCUAUGAUAACUGAACCUGACAGAAUGAGCCCGCAAGAUGCCGAGCUAUGGGAGUACUUUGCCAUGCUCUAUAAAAACAGCAACAAGGGAAUCAAAGGCCGUGGCAAGGACCGUCGCGUUUCGUCAACUGCCAAAACCCGCGCGAAUUCUACCAAGACGACUACCUCAGAUGCCGCUGCCAAUAAUAUCAUCAGUUCUGCUCCUGCUCCUGCUCCCGCGCCCCCCUCAAGUAGCAGAAUGCCCGCCCACCAGCUCCCUCUUGGCAGUGAAGAAGAGGCGAAGCUGAUGCGAGAGCGAAGCUACCAUCGUGAAACUGAGCACAGUUAUGGGUAUCUGGAGUACAUAAAGGAGGGUUUGGAGCAUUUGGCGGAAGUAUUACCGCACCAAAAAAAAUACGAUGAAAAAGCACUCGGCUCUGCCAACUCUUCCCUUUUCUUUUUCUUCUUUUGUUCAUGCCAGCAAAAGGGAAGGACAAACGCGUUCCUAUUCUUACGUUCCCACCCAACAGCGAGAGGAAUAAUUGCUUAG